UCCAAGAUGGCGCUGUGUCAUUACCCGUGUCCCGAGGAGAUAGACGUCUUUACUGGGCCUCACUUGCGAAUGAAGCAGCUGGUGUAUGAAGCACUGGAGAAGGUUGGUGUCUUUAUUAUUCACGAAGUGUUUUUUUUUCGAAAUCUUGCUGUGUUUUAAAGGUACCAGCUGAAACAUUGGUCAUGUAUUUGAAUUUCUUCUUAUCUACCAUUGAAUCUCAGAAGACAUAGUCGACACAAAAUUUUCAAUAUUGUCAACUUGUUCCUGAUGUAUUGGCGUUUAUUGUCACGGUGGAACACACUUUCAAACAUGUAUAGCUGUUAAACUUCCAGAUGAAUUCAGAAUAAGGCUUAAAAUGCGUUCAAAAGUAAAAUAUUUUACUUUCCACGUACAUGUACGUUGUUGAAACAUUGCAAGAUAUUACAUAAUGCCUUUCCACCAGCAGUGUAAUUUCCCUCACUUGUUCUCACUCAAUUGUCUUUUAAUUACUAUAAACGUUUUUACCGACAAAAGUAGGAUUUCUGUAUUUUCGUACAAACUUUAGGUCGACAUUUAAUAGAAGAACUGAAAUAUGCAAUGUCAUUUUUCGACUCACACGUGCUGAAUUACUUUUAAUGUCAGCGUAUCUAGCAUUUAAGUGCUGAGUCACUAUUACCUGUUUUUCUUAUUAAAAUAACACUGCUAAUUUAAGGUCACUAACAUUAACUGUCCUCGACUAGAAAAAGUUUUUGAUAUCUUGAACAAAUUCUCCCCAUCACUACCACAGGAAAUGUAUAGGAAGAGUUUGGAGAAUUUGCAAACAGAUAUUAGGGUCUUAAAAGUGUGCAAGCAAAAGGCAGUCAUAUUUUCCUUUAUAAAUUUUGGUAUCAACUUUGUGGAUGUAGGGUGCAAAAUAACGACCAGUUAACUGACAAUGUUCAGCCAAGAUGACCGUUUUCUGAACAAACUUGCAGUUGGCCGGUCAUUUUGACUGGUCAAGUACGUGGCUUUCAAACUAAAUACAUUACUGGAAAAAUAAAUUUAUUCACAUUAAUUCUAUAUAAAUUACAGAAACAGUUAAGUAAUGAAAUAUUCUAGCCGCCUGUAGUUAUAAAUAAUUGACCAGUCAGAAACCAGCCAUGACCGAGCUAGAACUUAUUUGGCCAAUCAACAUGACUGGCCAUGGUCCAAAAACUAUUUUGAGCCCUGUGGAUGGCCAAAGAUUGUCACUUAUUAUGUUUUGGUGGCUUAAGGUACUAUAUAAUGGUUUUCACUGUCAUGCCAUCGAAAAUAAAAAUCAAAUCCAUCAAAUAGGUGAAUGAAGGUAAAUAUGCAAAGAUCGUUGCCAAGAUGCAGGUCGGUACAAUUUUUCACAUCCAAGAUAUUCAGAGAAAUGUCUUACCUAAAUUUACAGAGCUUUGUGUGGGGAUGCCAUGUUGCUCUCACUCUGAGGCGAACCAACAAGGCAGCAAGAAACUAACAGAAACAUUUUAUUUUGUUACCGAGUUUUGCUACGGAAGCGUGGAUUCAUUCUUUGAGCAGCUUAUAAGAAUUAAUUUUAAUUGAUGCUUUUCCUAAUACAAGGACUGUUCAGGUUGCAAACCCCAAACUAAGUCAAUGUUUCAACCUACAUGACAGCUCUCUCGGCUGCCAUAUAAAUGCCACGUCAUGCAAAAGGUUAGAAACUCAAUUGUACUAACUAUCACAAAAUGAAGACCCCUUUCAAAGUUAAAACUAUAGAGUAAAGGUUUUAGCUGCUAAUACAUACUUCAUGAAAUAAAAAACUCAGAAGGAUCGAUAAUUCUUUAGUUUUAAUUUUGAUCAUGUCAUGUGAAAACCAGCAACUGGUUAACUAACACAUCCUGUUUACAAAUUCUAGCUCUCAGUGACAAACUUCAAAGAUGAUGUUUCUCUCUUAAGACUUCUGGGUUGCAUAAAUUCCACCUUCCAAGAACUUAAACACCAUGAGGAAAUUGAGAAUACCUGCAUUUUGGAGGAACUUCAGCAUCGUCUUAUUAAUCAGCAAUUACUUGCUGUUGUUAAUGAUGUACACAAGGACAGGCAUGUUUUGGAGAUUUUAUCAUUAGCGAGGAAAGGAAUGAAAAGUGCGUCAAAAAAUGGAACUUGUUUGAACAGAAAUACGUUUGAGGAUAGGCUCAGGGAAGCUCUGCAAUCCUUUAAACGAGAUUUUCUUCCACAUAUGAGGCACGAGGAAGAGGUAAACACCUGUGAUUUAACUCAUUUAUUUUUAGGGUCGAUGUGUAAGUUUUUGUCCCCGCCAAAUUUGAAUCGUGUCAAGGUGUGAAAAUGCAGGACAUAAAAUAAACUUUUUUCCAGGAGUCACUCAGGAGGUCUUUAUAUUUUUCCAAAGUGACAUAAGCUUAGAUUUAUUUAGCAUUAUGGUUUGUUAAUUAAUGCAGUUCUUAUUAAUGAUGGAUGUCAUUUGUGAGCAAUAGUGGUGAGAGGAAUUGCUCCAUAUUGCAUUAUUCUUAAAGUCCUGUAAGUUGAAGGAGGUAAAGAAUGGCUGUGGAGGUGAAUUUGGGACUAUCAAGCCAGCAGUCAAGAAAGAAGUCAUACGAUAUGCUCCUCUAGGAUGUCAGAUUUUUUAUCUUUGCAGGCUUGCAAAUAAGUUUCCUUUUGCAGAUGACAUAAUAAUGUCCAACCAGUUAAGUCCAACAAACCAGAAGAGAUGUCACACACUCAUCAUGUGUUGACUGUAUAAUUUGGUUUUAAUUUAUUAACAUGCAAAUUGCAUUGUCAGUUACUUAAUGGUAGUGUAGUCAGUUCAACCUCUAUUUAGUGGCCUUACUCUAUUAAGUGGCCAAUAAUCAAAGUCCAGAAUUAAUAAUUGUACAAAAGAACUGUAUUAUACUAUAACAAGAAUGCUCUAUACAGGAGCCGUCGGUCUAGCUUGCUUGAAGAUUAGAUCAAGAAAUAAGGAAGCGAUAAAUUCUACACAAAAGAGGAUUUACUCGUUAAAGGUUUUUUACUUUCUACUUUAUUGACAUUGAUACUCUUUUAAAUAUUUGUUUCUGAAUUGAUUUAGUACGUGUGUUAGUGACAACUGGAAAUAUGUGUGCGGUCGCAGACUAUACGCGUGUAUAAAUACAUGAAAAUUCAAGGGCCAUGAUUCCAGAGAAAUUGCAUCAUUGCCAGAGAUGAAAAAAGUGAUUUACAUGACACGUCAUUUCAGUCAUCGCUGAAAAUAAACCGCAUGCUCAUCACAAGACCAAUUUGUAUACAAUGAAAGUUUCCAACACCCGGCCAUCUCAGUUUUGCUAAUUAAGAUUCCUAUUUUUUUUUCGACCACUCAGUAGUGUUCACUUGUUGCAAAGUAAUCAAUGCCUUCAAGCGAUAGAAUUCGUAGACCAACAUGUUUCAGAAAAGCUCUUAAUGUAAUCUUUCCUAAGCUUUCUUCGCAAAAUAUUUGUGGCUUUGAUCACGCAACGAUUCUUAGUCCCAGUUUCCACGGUCUCCGCAAGGAACGCCUGGCACAAAGACUCCCCUUUUGUGCCUUAAAUGCGACUAAAAACACGUUGCAGAUUAUGAGUCUCGCUGCUUAUGCAUGUAAGACUAGUAAGUGAAACCUCUAGAUCUACCAGCAAUAACAUGUAUUGUUUUAUUUAUUGUGCCAGGUAUUUCAACCACUCCUUAUGGAGUAUUUCAGUUUUGAAGAGCUGAAAGAAAUCAAGGCAAAGGUGUUACAUCUCCAUUCUGUUUAUAUUAAUCUCAGCAAGGUAAGUUUUAAAAUUUCAUUCCGUUGCCUGCAAUUAAUAAAGUGGAAAUAAACAUUAAUUGAUAAUUACCCCUCAUGAUUCCUUAUUUUUGCUUCCAUUAUAAAAAUGGCUCUUUUUGUUGGAGUUCUAUUUGCAGGUACAGUCGAACCUCUAUGUGAACCACCUCUCAUAAGCAACCACCCAUUCAAAACACCAAAAUAUCCCCAUGAUAUCCAUAUAAUCAGAACCUCUCAUAACUUUAAGUGACUGCAACCGCUUUUUGGCCUUGCGGGCUUAUUAUUUUCCAACGGUUUUGACCUCUUACAAGUAAGCUAAGCAAACACUUGACACCUGAUGUGGUCUCUGUUUGCUGUAUGUACAUGUACUAUCUUACUGCUUAGAAUAACAAGAACUUUCAGUGACAACAUGGAGCAGCUCCUAUACUUGUGCAUAACUGAGGCCCUGCCAGGGUAAAUUCUGACAAGUGACUUGCCCCAAAAAGCAGCGACAGAGCGUAAAAUGAAAUCGUGACAAGAGACAACCUCGCUCUGCCAAAUUGCAACAGUGACAGCAAAGCCAAGAAUAAGUGACAAAGAACAGCGGUUUGGCUAUUUUAUCACCUGUCCUGAAUGCAAAGAAAAUGCAACUUUUGUCAAUUUUCCUUGCUCUUCGGAGAAUGUCUCUUGUCAGUGAGCUUCGGUGGACCCUCCUGAGUGCGUGUCACGUUACACUUUAUGGAGGGACCUUACACAAACAUGACGGUGAAGGCAACGUCUAAAAACUAAAAGGUUUAAUGAGCAAAACAACAAGUCUGCACGUGCAUCACGCUUUCUUGUACAUUUUGUUGCCGUCCCUACACAACUGCGUCAUGAAAUGACCAAAUUUUAAGUUUACUUCAGAAAGGUAACGGCAAGCCGAUAAAUUCUACCAUCUCUGUCUGAACUUGGGCGCGGUCCCCUCUCUUCACCUCCAACCUAAAUUCCCUCUUUUUAAGUAACUGGGCAACUUGGGAUAAUUGCCAAAAAAAGUGAAAAGAUGCGAAGUCUAUUUUUCAGGAGCAUUUUCAUGGACGUUGCCAUUGUCAAAUCGUUACGCAAGCCCGCCCAACUCCUGAGACAGCUGGGAAUGAGGUUGUCCAUCACAUAGCUUAAUUUUAUGCACGCUUUGCUUGCCCCUAAACUUUUAGACCUUCUGACAUCCCUCUCAGGUAGAACCGUGAGAAGACCACUAUUGCUUGAUUUGUAAGGUGGAGAAAUAAAUGUUAUGAGCAAAGUGGCUCAUCAGACUGGCACUUUCCUCUGUAAAUGUAGUGUGAAGUGACUAGUUCGAAGAUACUACAUCUCCAUAAAUGGGAUGUUAGAACAUCGCAAGGCUUUCAAUUCCUGGCCAGCAUUAUGAUCGUCGUACCCACUAUACGCUUGGGUGAAGAGAGACAAUGUGAUCCAGACUUAAGUUUCUAGUUUAAAUGUAAGCAACACGACAGUGACGACGGUAGACAGACCAAGGAUCAGGUACAUAUAACCUUACCACCCACCUUCCAACCCCUCUCACAGAGUACACCACCAUGCCUUCACUAUUCCUCAGGUCAGUUAGUCUUAAAAUGUUGAUCGUGGAUCACUUAAUUGUGAAUGGCAAUAUUUUUCUGUUCGACACAUAAAAUUUUAACUGAGAAAUUUCAGAACUGUAAUGGGUUCUUUACAACGCAUCGCUAUGCCCCUUUUUUACAAGUUCCUAAAAUUCCGACAAAGACAAAGAAUUUUCGUUCAAUUUCUGACAGCGUCAUGAAGCAUUUAGAAACACUGACACAAGACAUUUUAAAAUUCAGGCGAGCGACAUGGGACCGCUCCCUGGCAGGGCCUCAGAACUUAAAAAUUGCAUGUAAUAAAUCAUCUUCCAAAAUUGGUUGGUUGAGAUCUCUACUCAGAAGAGACCCCCUGUUUGUUGAUUCUCGUAUAAGCAACCACUAAAUCUUCUCAUUUUGGGUGGUCGCUUAUGGGAAUUUUGAUCGCAUUAUUAUAAACCUACUAUUUACAGCUCACAUUCCCCUCACAAUCAAAUUCUUUUUCUUUUUCAGCACUGCAAGGUUGAAAGCACAGACUCUCCAGAAAAAGACAGUAUUCAAAUUGAUAGUUCAUCUGAACAUGAGUCUGAUCAAGACAUUGAUUUUGAAAAAUCUGCUGCAGUAAGGACUAAAAAUUCAAGUCUCAGAGCUCAUUGCUCAAAAGAAAGGACUUCAGCAUCAAAUUUAGAUGCAUCUACUCAUGACAUUUUUGCAAAUUUUACAUUGACUGAAAGCAGUGUGGUAAAUAAGACUUCAACCUCUGAAAGUGAUGUUGGCGCUGAACAAAAGCAAUCUUUGCUUCUGCACUUUCCUUCUGAAAUCACGCUUAAAAUAUUCUCUUACUUGGGACCCAAAGACUUAUGCCGAUGUGCCCAGGUUUGUCGCCUUUGGUCACAAUCUGCAAGAGAUGGCGAGUUGUGGCGAGAGCUUUACCCUGUGCGCUGGAUUUUCAGGAAGGAUUGGCGGUUUGGUGCAGAUGUUGAUGAUAUGUGCUCAUGUAACUGUGAUUCUGAGAUUCAGAGUUUGGAGUCUGGAUCUAUGAACAGGUAAGUUAUUGUCUGAAACUACUGGUUGGAUAAAAUUUACAACAAACUUGGAAUCAGACAAAGCACUGCCACAUAUAAUACCCUACACACUCUUUCAUUACCAAUAGUAGCCCAGUAUUCUUUCCAGAAAUUUCAACACUGGGGUCCACAGGACCCAUAGUCAAUAGAGAAGCUAAAAGGGGUUCAUGAGGAAGAAAAGCGGGUCACAAUUUUUAGAUACAGUCAAUGCCAACUCAACGUUUUACAGCUACGGGUUAGAGUAAAUACUUCGUACUUUCUAAAAAAGUAGAUGUCCUUGGGACCCCUUACAGUGUGGCAUUUUUUGAAAAAGUGCGGCAAUGCCUACCGGUCUGGUAGGAAAACUGGUGGCCACAGUAAAAACAAACAAUAAGCACUUUACUUUUAUUGUUACCUGCUGCUUUGGAAUUACUUAUUUCAUGAAGUAACUUUUCUUGUGUGUCAGUAUGACUCCUCAUACUGCUGCAUUAUUAUGAGGCCAUGCCAGGGUAAAUUCUGACAAGCGGCAUGGCCCAAAAAGUAGCGACAGCGCAUAAGUCAGUUCAAAAACUUAACCCGACCAUUUUUACGAAAUGACUCAAUAAAUUAUUUAAAAUGCCAUGUGGGACAUAUGACCCACUUUGACUAAUUUAUUUCUAGGUUGAACACUGCUAGCCAUGAUGUUAAAAGCUUUGCCAUUUGCACAUUUGUCAAGGGCAUUAUUGUUGAAAGAGUAAAUGAUUAUCUCUAUUCAGGGUUGUCAUUAAGAGCCGGCGGCCGGGGAUUUUCCCCGGCUACUAAGAGAGUGGCCCCUGGCUACUUUUAUCGGAAAAUAGAAGAAAAAUAGAACCAAAAGAAAUCCCUAGUCGUUUGAUUCCCCGCCUACUUGUUGUGUCUACCUGGCAACUUGAAAUCUUAGUGACAACCCUGUCUAUUAAAAAGAACUUAAAAAUGUUCAUCAAAUCAGGACAAACCAAAUUGAUUUCCAGUGAAUUUGCCCAGAAAAUUCCCACAAAUGUGGCCGUCAUUACCGGUCGCUUUUUGCUGAAGUUUGCCCCUAAAAUUUCACAAAAUCGGCUGAUUUUACAGCAAAUUUUCAGAGACAAAUUUGCUGUAAAAUCAGAGAAAAGUCCAAUUAUUGGACUUUUCUCUGUGACCUAUCAGAAGCCCUGAUAAUUGUUUUAUAUGCUUCAACCAGUCAGACCCUUCUUCUAACUGUAUUUUUCUCUGUGAAAGUACUUUUGCCAAUACAGAUGCUGACAAGGAAAGCUGCAGUGACACUGGAUCCAGCUCUGGAACAGACAGUGACAGUGAGUCACCUCCAGAGAUGCAGCAGCUGCUGGGUUUGGUGCGAUACCUGGUGCCAAGGGUUGGACCAUCUGUGUGGGUGUUAAAGCUUGGGUGCUGUCCAGUGUUAAGUAAUGGUUUGGUGAGUAAAGAGGGGUGUAUGUAGGUUCUUUGCCUGACCUGCUGUUGGAAAGUGCAUUGUAUCACGACCCAACGGGAGGUGGACUUUUUCCAGACCCUUCCAGAUAUUUGUUGAAAUGGUAUAAUGGGGUACCAUAUACAGAAGUACAGACCAUGUGCUUUCUGUAGAAAACUCUGGAGUCCGGACAUCUGUAAUAAUUGUAAUUUGUUACACACUGAAACUAGAUGUAUGCUGUGAUUUGCUGGUUUUCAGUUCUUUGUGAGUUGGAAUACUGAGCACAGGUACUAUGUAGGUCUAGGCUUGGAAUCCCAAUCAACACUGACAAGUAAGGAGUUGAAUUUGAAUUUUCCGUUGACAGUGAGGUAUGUAGGGGACCAGUGACAUGGGGUGCUUUCCAUUAUUGGAAAUUUUCAAUAAGAGCCAAAAAAAUUCCCCUAAAAACUGAAAGCUGUAAAAUAAAAAUAGGCUAAGAUUAAAAUGAUUACUUUGUUAUUGAACCAAAGCAAAUAAAAGAAAAGUUCUGGGAGGAAUUUUUUUUAGUAUUUGAGUUUUCUUUUACCUCACAAAGUUGUUCUGUUUUACUGGAAUAAUUAUUUUGGAAAUCAAAUGAUAAACAUGUUCCUUCUAACCCAAAAAGAUUUUUUUGGAAUUCAAGUGAGGCAUUUUUUUAGCAGAAUUUGGAAAAUUUCUUGGCUCCCCUUUUUUUUACCAAGAGGUCUGUGAGUGUUAAUUCGAGUAAAAUAGUACAUGUGAAUGUUAUCAGACUGUGCUAAGAGCAGGGAAUAUGCCAGGUCAUUCAUCAUUGCUGCAGGUGCCAUAGCACCAUCAGUAAUAGAGGAAACAUGCUCUUUUGUGGAGCUGUAAAAUUUCUAGAACAUUUCAAUGUUUCCAUUUUAAUUUUUUUUUAUAGGCAUUCAAGAUUCUGUCCCACUGUCCUAAUGUUAGGCAUCUUGAUUUAUCACAAAAUGCAGUUUCUGACUUUGGAUUAAAAGGGUAAGUCAAAUUUAAAGAUCUUGUUACAUCUACAGGAAAUAAGAUAUUUUGUCAGGGUGUAAUUAGUAAGUACAGUCUAACCUCUUCUUACUGACACCUCUAUAAUACGGACACUUUUCUAUUACGGACUGUAACUUCAAUGCCAUCCCUUGCCUCACAAAUAAGCCACUUUGUCCUCACCUGUUUUGAUGAAGAUUUAACCAUUUUUUCUGUUUCUUUUUUCAUGUGAUUUAGCUGACAUAUGACCGACUGUAAUAACUUUUAUUUUUCAUCUUUUAUCAGACUGUUCCGAAAGGGAGGAGGUCUUCAUCUUCAACAUCUUGAUGUCUCUGGUUGUAAGAACAUUACAGACAAGACUCUUUUCAAACUCUCUUCAUCACUGGGCAAGCUGCCAGCUGAUUCUGGAAUCUCAGAUAUUGAGGACAGCAGUUGUGACUGCCACACUUCUUGUUCCUGUGGCAAAUUGAGCAGCACUACUCCCAAAACAGUGAAGCGAGGGCUUGUUUAUCUGGGACUGUCUGGCUGUUAUCAGAUAACUGAUGCAGGCCUAAGGUGAAGAACUGAUAAGUUAAGAACUUAGUCAAUUAAGCAGCUAUGUUUUAAUCGUCUUCAUCAUCAUCAUCAUCAUCAUCAUCAUCAUCGUUGUUGUCAUCAUCAUCAUCAUCAUCAUCAAUAUUCUAUAUAUAAUUAUUAUUAUCAUUACUAUUAUUUAUUUUUAUAUUUGCGGUGAGGGGGUGAGGAGGUGAGAUUUCUAGACCACAUUCAUGCAGUGAAGUACAGUAAAAGAUGAUAGGGAGUUUAAGCAAUGCGUGUCAACCGGAAGUGGACUUUUUGCAAUCUUGGGCUGUGAUUUUGAAAAAACGUCCUAGCAGAUGGCCUCUCUGAGAGUAAAGACACGUAGCAAAUACAAUAAUUUUGGUAACAUCAAGGCAUUAAAAUGGAAAAGGACUCACUUCUGGGUGACGUGUGUUGCUUAGAAACGUCUUUGCUUAUACUCCCUAAAGUCAGCCUUCAAACCGAGUGGCCCAUUAGGGCAGAGCUCAUCCUGGUUCCUGUAGAAUUAAGUGACUAGGAAUAUAUCUACUCCCCCCUGCCACUACAUCACGGGGUUAUUCCCAACAUAAUCCGCUGGUACCCAUGUCUAGGUGAAAUGAGCAUUGUUAUAGUGAAGUGUCUUGCUCAACAGCACAACACAAUGCCUCCAGGAGGGAUCAAACCUGGACCUCUUGAUCCAGAGUCCACAGCACCAACCAUUUUGGCCGCUGCACCCUCCACUGUGCAAUAAUGGGUGAUAUAAAUCUGGCCAUAAAAACACGGGCACCAAUUAACAAGGUUGUUGGAGAAGUUUGGCACUCUAAUAAGAUGGCUGUAAUAAUGCAGUAGUCUUGUGGUGGUUGCAAGGAAGGCUCCAUGACUACGUGUGUUAAGCUAAUUCUUGCUAUGACAAAGGGGUGGUUUAUUUGCAGGCGUUAGGGUGAAUGUACACUUCACGGCACUUUUCUGUCAGACUCAUUUUAGCAACCUGGAACCGUAUUACUGGUAAUACUAACAGGAUUUUUUUCUUUUGUCAACUUUGCAAUCCUUGAUAAUUUGGUCUAUAACUUGUGGGAGGAAAAUUAAUAUUUAGUAUGACUUGUGUGGUAGCUUACUGCAGAUAAUGUAUAUUAAAGUUUUGUUGUUUGUUUUGUAUGAAGAACUUUGGCAAAGUAUGGAGGGCUACCAAAGCUUCGUCACCUGGAUUUGUCAGGCUGUUUACAAGUGACAGCUGAAGGACUUUUAGACUUGGUGCAGGUGUGCCCUAAUCUGGACCAUACAGAGUUCUUUUACUGUGAUAAUAUUGAUGAGGGCCCCUACCCUGAUACAGCAAGUGGAUGUCAAAAUCUUGAGUGCAAGAAUCGUGUGUGUUGUCGCACUGGCCAGUGAGCAUUCAGUACUUGAGGCACUUAUUUUGCGUUUGGCUUUUUGUGUAGUGUAGAUCCUGUGGUUCACUUUUAUCCUUGGUUCAAAUUUGAUUUUCCUCUGUUUCAAACUCAUUAUCAUAUAUUACCAUACCCAAAAACAAAGGAAAAUCAAAUUUAAACCAAGGACAAAAUUGAACCACGACAUAUAGAUAUUUUUCUGAGCUCGACUGGUACAUGUGCCUUGUUGAAUCUUACCCAGGUAGUUAGAUACAUGUUAAUAGUUCCACACUAUUAUAAUUAUAAUUUGUGGGAUUUUGUGAGAAAUGGACACCAAAUCUUUUAAUUAUGGUUCAUCAGUGCUUCGCAGACUUAAUCCAACCCUAGCUGGUAAUGUCUUUGAAAAAGUGUUGAUAUACUAGUUCUGGGCCCCCAACGGGCUUAACUAAUUACCAGACGUAUGUUUCAAAUUCCCCUGCAACUUCAUUGGCAAAUCAACAGUCAUGGCAAACAAUGAUGCAUAUUCAAAUCCUGGUACUCAGCUAUUGGCCCAGAACAAGGAUUUCAGUGCUGGCUGGCAGACAGACUAAACCAGGGGUUUAGUUUCAUCUGUGGCACAGGCAAUACCAACCUUCACUGGUGGUUGGUUGGUUGUCUACUAGGUCAUCCAUCAAAAUCAUGUGGCAGUGUUGUUCAUUAGGUAGUGAGUAAAAAAAAAUUAUUUUGGUCCAUAAUUCAUAGUAGUUUUCACAAAGCUAAAAAAAAUAAUCAUAUGUAAAGUGAAUUUUCAGUGUAUUAAUUUUUCUGCAUCUUACCAUUAAGGUCCUAUGAGAUUAUUGGUGUAGUUCCAUUUUUUGUAAUACAGAAUGUUCUUAGCUGAAGGUGAUUUUGUUUUCUUUUUUGUGAUUUUUUUUUAAGUUUACAAGAGGCAUUAAAUGCACAAGGCACUCUGUGUAUCUCAUUUCAAAACGUUAUCCCAAAAAAAAAUUGUAAGUAAAAAUGUAGAUCAACAUAACUAAAUAUAGUUGAAGUUGACUUAAAACAUAUAUCAGAGGCUCAAAGCUCAUUAAUGUAAUAUUAAAUUACCAUUUUAUUAGAUGUAAAUGUGUACUAUAAUUGUAAAACUUGAGCUUGCAGUCUAAUGAAUAAGGAAAAAAAAGAGAAGGUCCACAAAUUAAAAUUUGAGCCAUUCUACAUGAGAUAUGUGGCUGUAUGUGUAUUUUAUACUUACUACUAAUAAAAAUAAUUCCUUGUUGCUUUUUCAGCACUUC